CAAUCAAAGUAAUAACCCGAACUGUGAACAAAUUUUCCUUGACCUUUGACUAUUCUUUAUUUUUGGUCAACUGUCUCGUGUUGCACGUUGGAUAUAUAUAAUGAGGAUUGGUUACUUCAAGCGACAGUAACAAAGCUCAUAGGCUUAUAUGGCUUGUCAGUUUCUGUGGCUAGCUGAUGAACCCUUUCGUUUAUAUGGGCCUUAACUUUUGAUUUUGGCCCAUUUACAUUUUCGGUUUUAUAUACUUUCCCUUCAUGGAAACCUUGGAUUAUGGCGGGGUCAAAUAUGAUUACGCGUUAUAGAUAUCUUUUUCAUUGCUAAUAGCCUACUAAUACUAAUGCGGGAAGCAUGCAAGCCGCCAACCUAACACGUAAAGUUUAUCCAAAGUAAGUAUAUUAUCAAGUUACUUUGGUAUGUCUUUUAUAAGGAAGACGAAUAAUAAAAUCUAAUUUGCUAUACAUAAAGAGUUAAAAUCAUUUUACCAACGAAACAAAAAGCCUAUAAUGAAUGGAAGCAAAGAAUGCGUACGGUUGACCAAACUAAUCGUAAUAGGAAACCGUGGACCCAUUAGACUUAAUCAUUGUUUAUGGUCUUCUAAACCAAAUGUGAAGUUGCUAGUGUCGUUUUAGCAGCUAUGCAUAAAUGAAAAACGUUCUGCCAUGCUCUUCUAUUCCACAUAACUUAUAAGCAAAUUAAAGAAGCAUACGUCAAAUAUUGAUGCAUGUAGAUAUAUUGUCAGCUGUAUAUUGCAUAGAUUCGUAUCAAGAAAAGUUCGUCUAUAUAGUGUGUGUAUAGACUUUGUAUCUUAAAGUUUUAACUUUGAAUCUGAUAAAUAAAAAUCUUUUGGAGACGAAAAUGCAAUCUUACAACUUCGAUCAUAAGAAAUCGGCCGCUGGCCAACUCCAAUCACAUCAUCCAACUUUUAGUCAACCCAUUGAUAUAUAUAUAAAGAUCUCUUUAUGUAUAAACGAAACUUUUAUAUAUCUUAGUUCUCACACUCUUGCUUAUAGCCAAUUGGUUUAUCAAUUUCUAUUUUAUUUUUGUUUUUGUUUUACUUGGCCUCUGCACAAUCACCAAGACGUGAUAUACCUCACAUGCGCUAUGGCCGAGAUGGGUCUUUAUAAAACAAAGUCUAAACAUUACAUUGAUACUUAUUAUCAAAUCACAAUCAUCAAUAUUUUCAUUCUCUCAUUAAUCACAUCUUCCUCCAUGGCUUCUGCUUCGUCUUCAGUUGAUUUUUCAACUGCAAUUCUAAUAAGGGUUGAUCAAUCAGGCAAAGGAGAUUUCAAUAAGAUUCAAGAAGCAAUUGACUCUAUCCCUCCCAAUCUAAACAACUCUCAACUUUAUUUCAUUUGGGUCAAGCCUGGAGUUUACCGAGAAAAAGUGGUGAUUCCUGCGGAUAAACCCUACAUAACAUUGAGUGGAACAAAAGCUUCCACCACAGUUCUCAUAUGGAGCGAUGGUGAAGACAUUUUGGAGUCAUCCACUCUCACAGUCUUCGCAUCCGACUUCGUAUGCCGAUUUCUCACUAUUCAGAAUAAGUUUGGAACAGCGGGACAGGCGGUUGCGUUGCGAGUGGCGGCGGAUAAUGCAGCGUUCUACGGCUGCGUGAUAAUGUCGUACCAAGACACUCUUCUCGACGACAAUGGAAACCAUUACUUCAAGAACUGCUAUAUUGAAGGGGCCACUGAUUUCAUUUGCGGAAGCGCAUCUUCUCUCUACGAAAAGUGUCAUUUACACUCGUUGUCGCCGAAUAAUGGGUCGAUGACGGCGCAAAUGAGAUCGUCAGCGACGGAUAAAUCAGGGUUUUCAUUCUUGGGAUGCAAGUUAACCGGUACGGGCUCCACGUAUUUGGGAAGACCAUGGGGAGCUUAUUCUAGAGUUGUCUUUGCUUAUUCCUUCUUCUCUGAUGUGGUUGCACCUCAAGGAUGGAACGAAUGGGGAGACUCGAGUAAAAACAAUACUGUAUAUUAUGGUGAAUACAAAUGUUACGGUCCGGGAGCAGAUAGGAGAGAGAGGGUAAAAUGGUCGAAACAAUUAUCUGACGAGGAAGCUACCGUCUUCAUGAGCAAAGAUUUUAUCGGCGGCAAAGACUGGCUUCGACCUGCGCCUUCUCACUUCAAGGCUGCUCUCUCAAAUCAAACCCGAAAGAAUAAUUGGUUCCAUCAAUUGAUUAAUUAAUACUCUCUUUCUUUUCUUUUUUUGGUCAAACAAAUGAUUAAUACUCUUCCUUGUAUAUAUAACAUAUCGACUGUAAUUAACUGUGUGUGAUAGUUUGUAUAAUAUUUAAGACGUGUGAUACAAUACUCUGUAAAUGAACAACUACAACCACCCAAUGAUUAUCACCAUUCAGUAUGGUAUAAUAGUAUAUAGUAAACCACAGUAGAUUCAUAAAUUAAAGAAAUUGAUUAAAACAAAUGAAACUUUUUGAGAAGACAAACAAAGGAAUGAAUUUGUUUCGAAACAGAAGUAAAAACCAUAUUUACAGAAAGUGCUUAGGAUUAAAAGGGGAACUAACAAAGAACAUUUUUCCUGCAACAUAUAACAGAUUAAACUAAUCACACCCUUUUGUUUCCUUCUUUCUUGUUGCCCAAUAGGUAGCUAAUAAGAAUUUGAU